AUGUCAUCAAAUCAGCAUACAGAUCUAAAGAUAGCAGUCCUUGCCUUGGCCUCCAAACACCACUGGGUAGCGGGAGCCACCACGGCAAGGCAGCAUGCCUGGAUGUUGUGGUACAACAGGCCCAAGUAUGUGUUCAUGGAGUUUUGUGUUGAGGACAGCACCGAGGUACACCUGCUCAUCAAAGACCUCCAUAUUGUAUUCAGCUGCAAGAAUGCCAGUGGAGUGGAGUUGUACAAUGAGACUGAAUUCUAUGCUAAGGUGAACUCCAAGCCAGUGUGGUUGUCUAUGGACUUCGAUAACUGGAGGGACUGGGAAGAGGAGGAUGAGGUGGAGCUGGCUCAGGUGGAAUGUUACGCAGAGCUUCUGAGGAAGGUCAACACCAAGAGACCUCCCCCUGGCAUGGAGGACCUAGAUGAUGAUUCUGACACGUGGGUAUGGCUGCAUCAGACAGCAGAACAGGAGAGGAGCAGACUGGUGGGGCUCCUGACUUUCUACCGAUUGGCUAGCAAAAGCCAAAGAUGCAGCAGAUAG